GGGGAAGUGGUGGCUGAAACCUUUUGCCCAUACCCAAGGAGAAAAAAAAGAAAGAAAAAAAAAACAUCAUCUUCAUCCCCUUCAGCCUGCCCAACUUCUCUCUCUUCUCUCAAACACUUCUGCUCAUUUCAUUAUCAAAAAUUUCCGUAUUCAACUUUGCUUUUUCCACAAACAAAAACCUUAUCUAAAUUAAUUUUUGAAUUUUGUUUGUUCAUCUGAAUUUUACUUUACAUUUAUAUGGUUUGCUUGACAAGUCAAAAAUUGUGCGAACCCAAACGAUUUGAAUCACAUUUCGUACCAUAUUUUAACGCAAAACCAAAAUUAAAUUUGAGGUUUAGAAAUUCGGAGGAUUUUCCUGAAUAUUUAUCCGAGUUGAAAUUGAAAUUGUUAGCGUUUGGGACUAGAAGAAGAAGAGGAAUUACAGCAGCAAUGGCGGUCGAAUUAGUGAAAUCGAAUGAAGCAGCAACGAUUAUAUUGACGUCAGGUGCAAGCGGAAGAAUCAGUGCCUUGUUUUCAUUACAGGUAUUGAGGAGCUUGUUCCUUUUGAUCAAUGCUUUUGUAUUGCUAUUGUUGUUUCCAUUUCGUGGACGGAGGAGGAUGGCGUCUCCGGCGACGAUGAUGGCGUCGUCGGGGUCGCAGGAGAAAGGCGGCAUUGGGAAGGAAGAAAAGGCGGUGGAGAGGAAAGGUCCGGUGGUUCGAGUGCCGUCGAAAAUGGUGCCGCGGAAGAGCGUGGUGGAGCAGGAGGUGGCGGCGAGACGAUCGCUGGCGAUAAGAAGGGUACUUCAGGAAGACGAUAAAGAAACGCUGAGGGAAUUUUCGCUGUUUGUUACGUCCAGAGGAGAAACUAUGUUCACGCAAUCAUGGACACCUGUUUCCUUCAAAGUCAGAGGCUUGGUUUUCUUGUUGCACGGCCUCAAUGAACACAGUGGCCGAUAUAAUGAUUUUGCCAAGAAGCUAAAUGCAAAUGGCUUUAAAGUUUAUGGAAUGGAUUGGAUUGGACAUGGUGGAAGUGAUGGACUGCAUGCAUAUGUCCCUUCUCUUGAUGAUGCUGUCAAUGACAUGAAACAAUUUCUGUCAAAGAUUUUAGCUGAAAAUCCUGGACUUCCAUGCUUUUGCUUUGGACAUUCGACUGGUGCAGCCAUAAUCCUUAAGGCAGCACUUGAUCCAAAGGUAGAAUCUAGGAUUGAUGGUGUUGUAUUGACUUCACCUGCCGUUGGAGUUCAACCAGCUCAUCCGAUUUUCACAGUACUUGCUCCAAUUUUCUCAUUUUUACUACCAAGAUACCAGUUCAGUGCAGCAAACAAAAGGGGUGCCGCAGUGUGUAGGGAUCCAGCAGCAUUACUGGCCAAGUAUUCAGAUCCACUAGUAUUCACUGGAUCCAUUAGGAUACGAACAGGUUACGAGAUCCUUCGGAUAACUGCCUACUUGCAACAGAAUCUGUGCAAGUUGACAGUACCAUUCCUAGUUCUUCAUGGCUCCGAUGAUGCAGUCACCGACCCUGAAGGCUCUAAGAAGCUCUAUGAAGAGGCUUCUUCAACUGAUAAAAGUAUCAAGCUGUAUAAAGGGUUGUUGCAUGACCUUCUUUUUGAACUUGAAAGAGAAGAAAUCAUGCAGGAAAUAAUCGACUGGUUGAACCAAAGAUUGUCGAAUUGUUAAGAACUACUAUUAUACAAUGGUUCAAUCAGAAGAAAUCGGGCAGGGGAAAAUGCUGAAUCCGAAGAGAGUAGCAGUAGCAGUGGUGGACGGAAGAAAGUUGAGCUUGUUCAAUUAGUUUUGCAUGUUAAAAAACUUGGUUGAAGCCUCUGCAUUCUUUAGACAUUUUGUAUUUUGUAAACUAAUUAAUCCAUUAUCAGUUUCUCAAUCUUCUUGGAAAGGACUACUCGGAAGGCAAAAUCAUUUUCCCCCGCUUUUGUGAGGCAACUGUUUUUGUGAAAUGUAAAAGGUGGUUUAUUAAUUUAUUUUCA